UUUUUGUACACACCAUUACCACUACUAUUAUUGCACAAAACCCUAGCUCUACUCAUCAUCAAACCAUGAGUUCUUUUGCAAGAAAACUUUGUUUCCUUCUCUUGAUUUUUCUUAUUACAUCUCAAUUUGUUCAAUCCCACAAAAAAUCACUAAAACAUCAAAAACCAUGCGAGAGGUUCAUUCUCUAUUACCACGACAUUCUUUUCGACGGAAAAGACGUAGCUAACUCAACGUCGGCAAGAAUUACAAACGCAACAAAACUCGGCGAUCAUGUAUUCGGAAUGAUGAUCGUUUUCGACGAUCCCGUAACGAAGGAUGAGAAUCUUCUUUCGCCACCAAUUGGACGAGCGCAAGGGUUUUACUUCUACGACAAGAAAUCGGAUUAUAAUGCAUGGAUGUCUUUUACUUUGGUGUUUAACUCAACGGAACAUCAAGGUACUUUAAAUAUUAUGGGAGCUGAUUUUAUGAAUGAGAAAACUAGGGAUCUUCCUGUUGUCGGAGGCACAGGAGAUUUCUUCAUGACUAGAGGAAUUGCUACAAUUCAGACUCAAGCUUCCGAGGGUGUUAAAUAUUUUCGGCUUAAGAUGGAUGUUAAGUUAUAUGAAUGCCAUUAUUAAUUUAUUAAUUACUAUUUCGAGUGUUUUGCAUUUGUUUUGGAUAUUUAUAGUGGUUUGGUUACUUAAUUAAACCGUGCUAGUUAUGUAAUUGAUGCAAUGCAAAUGCAUUGCAAUAUUGUUAUAUUGCUAUAUUGUCAUAAUCUCAUUAAGUAAUUUGAAAUAUUUUAAGUUUAAA